AUGAGUCAUUUUCCUGAGGUACGUUCCGCUCCCUCUCUCUUUCCCUCUCUCUCCCUCUCUCUCCCUUUCUUUUUUUUUUUUUUUUUUUUUUUUUUUUUUUUUGCAUCAGUGGUUUAUGCUGUAGAAUUCUCUUUUUAUUGGCAGUUAAUCUCUGGCUAAUUAUCUUUUAAGUAUUUCACAUUUAGCUACAUUAUUUACCACUUGUUGAACAGAGAAAGUUCCUAUAUUCUGGCCUCCACGCAGCAAUAAUAGUCCUGUUUAUUUAGUUCUAUUGUAAUUUCAUUUUUGUUUUUUGGCCUUUUAGUGAUAGUUAAAAUGAGAGUUCGACAUUUGGUGGACGCUCUUGUCAAAUUGUAAAGGUGUCGAAUGCGAGGAAGUGCGAAAUAUAAUGAAUACCCAAUCGAUGGAAAUCGAUGAUCUAUACCUAACGAAAUCGUGGUGUUAACGGAAAACUUUGACUUAUCAAUAUUCAAAAGACAAAUUUCAUCGCUUUAAUUCUGAUUGUACUGAAUAUCAUUGAUCAUCAGCCAGUUCAUCGAUAUCUGCACGUACAUGUAUAAGACAUUAUUGACCCAAAGACUAAUAUAAAAAGCAAAAGGAGUCCAAAGUUUUGGUAUGGAUGUCGAAAGGACAACCACUUUCAUAAGUUAUUUCAUAGCUAUAAGUAUGAUGAAUAAAUAACUUGCACUUCUGUGUAAGCAUCUCCUAUUCUUUAUUUAUUCAUCAUGUUUUAAUAAUAGUUUAUCGUUUGGUCUACUAUUCUGGUGAGAUAGGAAACAUCCUAUUUAGCCUUCCUUGAAUUUGAUAUUUGAUAAAUUUAUUGUGGUAAUGGUGAAACUUUGAACUUUUCCUGAAAUUUAAUUGCAAUUUGCCAAUUACGUUGUAAAUUACCUCAAACAGAGAAAAAUCAAAGAAUUUGAUUUGAUCAAGGGGUGGAGUCAAAAAUUGAAUCAGCUAACGAAAGAUAAAAUUUUUUAACGAUUAAACUCCCAACAGAGACGUUGAUUCCAAUUCACUCAGAAUUGAUCAAGAAAAAGUAACGAGAUAAAUAAGAUUUUUCUCAUUCUACUGUGCUCAGCAUACUUGUAUAUGCCGUGGAUGCUGAAACACGUCAAGAACUCAUUAUAUUUUUCUACUGUUGCCUGCUAAUGAUGCUAAAACCAAAUAUCAGCCUAGCCGCUCAUUUUCUGACAACUUUUUCGAGUGUGUGCAAGCUAUAGCCUGUAAGUCACAUAAUAUAAAGACAUAGAAUAUGACUUUUAAUUUUUCUUUUCCAUCCCUUGUUGCGUCCUUUAUAAGCAUAAGUGAUAAAGUACAAAUUAAAAAAUUCAAAAUAUUAAAAACAGUUUCCUAAAGCUUCUUCGUAGACUUACUUCGCACAUUAAUGUUGGUUAUUUCAUUUUGUACUCAAGCCUUGUAAAAUUGAAUCAAUGACAAAAUUAAUUAAUGGUCCUUACGAAUGGCAGCCCGAUAUUUGUGUACAGGUAUGCCCUUCAUUUGGUAUUAACACCCUCCCGACUUUAUUGAAUUGGUUGCGUGUUAACAAUAAUAUAUAAUAGCUACUAUAUAAUCUUGUUAGCAUUAAACGUACAACGGAAGGAAGCUAUUUACCGCCUGACCUGAAGUAAAAUUCAUAUAAUGAAAGAGUCAAUUAUCAAUUGACUGAAAACUAAUUUACACGUAGAUAAAUAAACCAUAGUAGGUAACAGGCGAAAUAGAAGCAAACCCUUAGCAAGUCAGCGUUCAUUCUCAUCUGGUUGGUAUCGUGGCUGUAGAACUACUCAAAUGAUAAUAUGAUGUGUUCCUAUUUAGUGUAGUAAAUUGACCUUCGAAACUCACUCGUAACAUUUGAUGAGUUGAUUAGGACGCGGUAUUCGAUUUUUAAAUAGAUUAAAUCCAACAUGCAGCCACGCACAACUGUAGUUUAGAGCACAGUUGAGCGGAACCCUUGGAACUAUUAAAUUACACUGUGUAGAACAUGGUAUGACGAAAUCUAAAUUGCUGAUCAUUAUUAUUAUCAUUCAUCGCUAACUGUUUUCGUGCUUGGUCUGGGUGUGUAACUAAGAAUCUCUUGGAAUUGUUUUGUGGUAUGUUUCCAAUUAGACCACUAUAUUUUUUUGCGUAUCGCAGAUUCGUGUUUCGAAAGUGCUCCUCGUCUUCUUCCUGACGUUCUCAUCCUUACACGGCAUCACACUACGUGGAUCAAAACAUGGCAGAAAAAAGGUCAAAUGGGAUGAAAAAGAAAAACGAGUGCCUGUGGAGGAUAAUUACCUUGAAGUCUUUUCAAAACAAGACGACGCAAAACAUGAUCAUUUUGGAAUGAUCGAGAAACGAGCCCUGAGAUGCGGAUAUGAAGAAAUUGUAGAAGAUUUUAAGAAUGCCAAUGGUAAAGAAAUUCGCAAAAUGCUAUGCAAAUGUGCAGGAAUGAGUUGUAAAGUCUCUUCCCCUACUAUGAUAUGUCGUAAGUGCAAACCAUACGAUAAGCAACAAAACUGA